UUGCAAUCCGACCAAAUGCUUUGCGAAUAGCAUUUCUAAAAAUCAAAUUUAAUACCGUGUUAAAAUUAUCAAUAUUAUACGUAGAUAAUGGAGAGAAGUAAAUGGUCAGGUCGAUGGCGGCUGAUGUUUGUCAUAUUCCUUGCGUUCAGCACCGUCGUCGGAAUCUCAUUCGCGAUGGGCACCAUCUUUCUCGACAUUGAGGCUCACUUCCAGCAGGGACGCACCGCUAUUUCCGGUCUAAUAGCUGGCCUUAUGGGCGUCGUCACCUCACUAGGAAUAGUAAGCGGCGCCGUAAUUCGUCGAACAGGAUUGUUCCGAUCUUCUGUUAUCGCCGCCAUUUUGAUUCCAAUAGGCGUAACGUGCAGCUUUUUCGCCAAACGUCUUGAGCACCUGUACGUCAGCCUCGUUUUGGUUGGAGGUUUGGGUAUUAGUUUAUUAUACGUCGUUUGCAUCACGACCAUUAGUCAAGCGUUUACAGGACGAAAACGUCACGUCUGCCUUAGCAUUCUUGGCACAGGAACCGGACUUGCCGGUAUAUUCUAUCCCUUUCUUUUACCCAGUCUUGUGGAGGCUUUCGGGCUCAUGGGAACAUUUCUUGUGCUAGGUGGUGUCUUUCUUAAUGUUUGGACUAUACCCGUUCUCAUUUAUUGGAACCAGCCUAGAAAAAUGACGUCAGAAAUCCCAGACACUACUUGUGACAAUGACAAUGCAAGUUGCGGCCCGAAAGCGGUGAAUACUAUUUGUGCAUCAGGGGCUCUAUAUUGGCAACAGAUAGUAAAUGCUGCUCGGAAAGUAGUUCUCGAAAUGCGAGAAGUGUUGUUCCUAGAAAAUGUGCUCAAUAUGGUUGGAACGGGAUUACUAUUGGCUGUCAAUAACGCUUACCUGACGUUACAGCUUGACAUAGCUAGCUGGCGCGGGUUAUCACGUGAGGUCGGACUGAACGCUUUCGUUGUUGUGAACAGCGUAAACGUAAUAGCCGGUUUAGUUCCAGGCCUACUGAAGCAGAUUCCGGGACUCAGCUACUCAUGUUUGCUUAUUGUCGUUGCGGUGUUUGGUCUGGCCGGAAGCUUUCUAAUUCUACUUUCUUCUGGCGCGCCUCUGUAUUUCUUAGCGUCCACCCUCAUUGGUGUCUCCCUCGGUGGCGUCUUGACGUCGUCCCUGAUUGGACUAAAGAUUGUCCGACAGGAGCUGAUCUCGGUGGCGUCAGGGACGCUCAUUACCAUGAAUGGAUUGAUGACGGCCGUGUUGGGGCCUCUUUUGGGAUACUUUCGUGACAUCAGCAGUGACUACAACCUCAUGCGAUUGACGUACUGGUUGUGAUUCUUUAUGUCACAUCAUUCCUUGCGAGAAGGCCACGUGGCUAUGACGUCACAAUGGAUAAAAGACGAGACACCCUAAAGGCUGAACUUAUUUCAUUCCAUGAUAAUAAAGAGAUGCCUCGGUACAGCCUUCAUCAGUGAUUAUUAACAUAAAUUUAAAACUCGUAUGUGUCACUUUGGAUUUAUUUCUUUAAAGAAAUUGUAUUGGUUUGGAAUUUAUUUCAUCUGCUGCAAUGUACUUAAGUUUCCAAAACCUUAACGUUUUUACUCUUGCUUAAUAUAGAUGGCAGCAACACCAGGAAAGUUGUAAACAGAACCGUUGAUCGACCCUGACCUACUGACAGCAAAAUAACUGUUAUCCUAAUCCUAAUGCUGUAUACUCGUCCAGCUCGUUAUUAAGAACUGGAAUUGUUUUUGAAAGAUUUUUGUAUUUAAUAUUUUUUGAUCGUGAUACGAAUACCAAUCAAAGGUAUUUGAGAACCAGGAACAAAUUGUAUACAUGAUACUUACAGUGUUACGAAAGAUAAUUUUUCAGGUCAUGCUUAUAUUGAAUAAGUAGAAUUUAAUGUCUUAACUCGAAAUCUGCACACUUUUUUUCCAUUAAUCCUGGUGUUCCAAUGCCGUUAUAGUUUGAUUCACAAUAAAUAUUGCACCUUUAUAAGUUGAACAACAUUUGCAAAAAUGCAACAAAAGCGUUAAUGUUAUCCUCAAAGACACAUUUUAUUCAAUCCAAAAAUUUAGAACUGUUCUAGUACUGGUUGACUUUUAAAUAUAGAAACUUAAAUUUUAUCCAAAGACCCAAGAUCAAAGAAGUUUGCUCUUAUAUAUAAAAUAGGAAUGUUCUAUAAGAAUCUUGUUAAUUCUAAAACAUUUAGACAUGAGAUAAAUAGAGAAUUUAUGAACAUUCUAAACAUAUCCCCCCAAAAAAACAGUCCAGACCUAUAAUAGGGUUGCAACAUGAAUCUAGACCAGCUAACAAAAUAGAAUUCAACUAUAUAAUAAUGCAUCAAUGAAUUUAGAAUACAUACCUGUGUAAAAAUCGAAAUGAAAUAUUAUGAAUUUUCAUGUCGAUUUGUCGAAAACAGUCGCGAGAAUGACACUGACAUGCAUCAUUGUUAUAUUAAACGUUUUAUUUGUCAUCUAAAUAGUGAUUGACUUGCAUGUAUGCAUUGCAUAAAACUCAAAUGGUUAGUAAUUGUUUACGUCAAAAAUACAAAGGUGUACCGUAUAAAUAUAAAACAUUAUAUUUCAUUGUACUAUAUUGUCAUAGCAUAACUCUUAAAGGUGCAAUAAUUCAUUGUUUCGCUUACAUUUACAUUAUUUGCUCUGCCGGUGUUAUCAACGGUGCAUUUGCGCCGCCAAUGUCUGUCCCGUUAGUAUGAGGUUUCAUUUAACUCAGGUCACGCGUGCAUUUCAUGCUUGACUACUUAAUAUAUAAAGCGAUGAUAUUUAUAUUCGACAGAAAUAAAUAUUUCUUUAGACCAUUUUUGACAUGUAAAUAAUAAUAUAUUUUUGACAUUACAUGUGAAACAUCUUUAUUAAAUACAAACACAAUAUGAUUAUUGUUAACUAUCUGGAUUUGUGACCAAAAUUGAAAAAUACAUUUGAAGUGAG